GCAUUUUCACCGUCGUGCUGAUCUCCGAGGGUGUCCUGAUCGUGCAGGUGAGACAGCUGUUGCAGGCGCAUUUUGUCCGCGCCUUUCUCGCCUGGGUCAUUCCGGUCGUGCACUUGAAAGUCAUGCGCCACACGCGCUGCGCGGCAACGAAGCAGCUUGUGAAUCAGCCUACUUCCACUACUUCACCAGGGACAACUGCAAAAGCACCGGCAGGCGCAGGUUCACCACCUGCGGCGUCGAGUACUAACGAACUGACUCUCGUUGGCAACGACCUUCUGCGUGUGUGUGAUGAUUUGCGGAUGGGCCUCUUCAGUUUCGUCGCCAGUCUCGUCGGCAUCGUUGGCGGAAUUGCCGGGCUUCUCUACCUCGUCGGCUUUCCCGCACUAGUCGGCAUGCUGUUCAUGUUCGGGUACGUUGUGUUUUCCACAAAAGUUUCUCGCAGCAUUAUGGCGCCGAUUGUGAGAAAGGAAACUGCCAUCGCGGAUUCCAGGCUGACAACCAUGCGGGAGAUGGUAGCGGGGAUUCAGCAAGUGAAGUACUUGACCUGGGAGGAAAAUUACCUGCAGCUUUUGUUCAACAAGCGGAAACAGGAGCUUCGGGAAAUUCUCCGCUUUCGGUUCUG